AUGAGCACCAGUAGCGGCGGGUCUUCGGGCCUGGGCCAGCCGGCUACGGUGGCCGCUGCGGGCCUGCUCGGACUGCGUGUCGGGGUCGCGGGUUCGGCUGCGGCUGCGGCGGGUCUCCCCAUUGCGGAGCGGUACCAGAGGACGCCCAAGUGCGCCCGUUGUCGCAACCACGGGGUCGUGUCGGCGUUGAAGGGGCACAAGCGCUACUGCCGCUGGCGGGACUGCGCCUGUGCGAAGUGCACCCUGAUCGCCGAGAGACAGCGGGUGAUGGCGGCACAGGUAGCCCUCCGGAGACAGCAAGCGCAGGAGGAGAACGAGGCCCGCGAGCUGAGCCUGCUGUACGGAUGCCACGACGGGCUGCUGGCCAUGCACCGCGCCGGUUACACCUUCUCGGCGGCCAUGGCACAGCUGCUGGCCAGGGAUGCCGCGGCCGCGGCGGCUGCCGCCGCGGUUGCCGCUGGAGGAGGGUCGCCCUCGCCGACGGCCACGACGACGUCGUCCACGUCGUCACCACCGCACGGCGGUGGACGCCUGGCUGCAGCCACCGCGCCGCCUGCCGUUGCCGCUACCGCAGCGCCAGACUGGAAGCGAGGCGGCGGCAGCGGCGGGCCCCCGUCGGACGCCUCUUCGUCGGAGGAGCCGAGCGGGAGCAGCGGCAGUCCGGCACCGGCCUCGUCGGCCACCGAGGACGGGGCACGCUGUGACGACAGCGACCGGUCGCCCUCGCCCGACCAGCCGUUGGCGCUGGACACGCGCUCGUCACAGCGUCGGUCGCCGCUGGACACUCUGGCCAGGCUGUUCCCAACCAGGCCACAGUCGACCCUGGCCGCCGUGCUGGACCGCUGCGGGGGCGACGUCCUCCAGGCGCUCGACCACCUCCUGCUGCAAGAGCCGCCGCCGCCGCCCCUGGACUACCGGCGGCAUCCGCCGCCUCCUCCGCCCCCUCCGGUGACGGCGGCGGCGACCCUGCUCGGGGCCGUGCCCGCUUACCCGGGCCUGUUCCCGCCGCCUCCGCCUCCACCGGCCUCCUCGGCAGCGGCGGCGGCCGAGCACGCCAAGCGAAUGGCCGCCCUCUGGUCCCCUCAGCAGGCCGGCGACCACCACAAGAGCGCAGCAGACUGAGCACUCCUCUCGCCCUCACUGGGACUCCCAAAAACGAAGACGGCUCUUUCAAUUUUUUCGCCGUCUCGUCUCCGCCGCACCGUUGCAGUAUUGCCACACCACCGUGCCCCUCCGCGGCCUGUGCCUCCUUGUUUUUUUCGUGAGAGAGAGGCCGCUUUUUUUUCCUCCUCGUGCGCUUGCGAGUCCGUUUUUACGCCAAGCCUGUAUAGAAACGCUGGCUUCACUGCGAUGCUCGACUUGCGCUGUGGUGAUUGACUGAAGCUAUGAACAUAGGCGUGCGCAGGGCGCGCCAUAAGGGGGGAACCACCUUCAGCCUCCGUGACCCCCCCCCCCCCUUUCCCACUCCGCCUCGCUUGCUGAGGCCGAAAGGAAAUCAGUUUCGCAAUGGAGACAAAAAUGAAAAUGAAGUAUUGGCGUGCUGCUUACGACGGCCUACCUAUGCCCCCCGUUUUUCUAUGGGUAAAAUUUGGGAGUAAACAGUUCUUUCAAUGCAACACCUGGGGUCCUCUGCUGGCAUUGGCAUUAUUGUCAAAAAACUGCAUGACCACAACCCUGCACCUUUAAACAAUGACAGGACAGGUUCGCUGAGUAAAGCUAUGGGGCAGAGUCGGUGGCCCUCUUAGAUUAUCAGCGGGAGGUGUACUCCCCUUCUGUCCACCUGUGCGCACGCCUAUAUUCCUGCGGACGUAUACACGGGGCACAUCAGUACUAGUCGCGUGUGGCAGUGAAGCCAACAGUUAUUUAUAACGGAACCUGCGUGAAAGGCGCCAGUGGUGCUUAAGGCCGCUUGGGCUUUGGUCCGGCUAUCCGUCGGUCGCACGAACUCGUCGAAUCCCGGCUGCCUCCAAGGCACGACGACAUCGCGCAGCAGGGAACGCCGGGACGACAAACGUUAUCCACGAAACAUGGCUGACCGAUAAUACUGCGCCGGCGUGGUCGUGCCUGAGAUAGAGACACAGUAUUGGUGGAGGCGUACACGUAAUAAGCGAGCGCGGGAGCCUUUGACUUCGAAGGUGCUCCAGGCUCCCAGGAAUGGCUUUUCACAGUCUUCGAUAAGACCGUCUCAGUAUUGCCCGCCGUUUUGUUUUUCCGCCGCAGGGGCCUGUGUUAGGACAGUGUGUCGUAUGUGGGACUUGAGCCGGGGCUUCGGCAACGCGCUGCGCAACAAUAAUAAAGCGCUGCUGGUUGACAGAAUGUGAUAUGACAGGCUGUGGUCGCGUAACAGGCAGUGAGACGUUACAGUUAGUUGCGUCAGAGCAGUAUACGCUGCUCUUGAUUAGGCGAGGAGACGUUCUAGGUGUUCACCACAGCUUAAAGUUCCAGGUAACUUCAGAUCAUCUUUGAGGUCAGCACUUAUCUCACUGCGCUCGUAAGUGCAAGUCAUAAUGAUCUGUCCACGUAUACAGUCCUCGACGCGACCUCACUGAAUACGUUGGGCACGCUGCAAGUGACGUCACUUGAGGGAGGUGUGUGUGCAUGGUCUAAUAACUUUUAAUGCAAAAUGAAGCCUGUAAAAGUAUUGCUUCAGUUAGCGCAUGCACGUAAUUGGCAGAAAGGUUCUGCCGUUACUGCGUAGAAGGAACUGAACAGUUUCAAUACGCGUUCACAUUAAGUGUGAGGGCGACUUUACAUUUUUAGUUCGACACCCCGCGUUUAGUGUAGGUAAUUCACCAUUGACGCUUGAUGCUGGAGCCUGUAUUAUCGCUGCGCAACUCGAGCGAAGUAUUAUCGAUAUACUAACUACAGUAUAGUGAUCUUUGAACAACGAGCGCCUGAUGGGUGUUUGAAUGAGAGAGCACAGCGCGGAGCGUGUUGGGCGAAUUCAUGCGCGCCACUUGUGUAGCUCUUUAACUUGGAAGGCUCAUUUUAUUAUAUACGCUUGUUCCGGUACCAUACGCACUGAAUUCAUAUAAUGUAUUCGUGCCAUGCGAAAAGCGGCGCGAACCGCGGCGCAUAUGACGUCAGGGUGACGUCACGGAGUUAACAGUAUUUUCCUCUAUGUGCAAGACAAGCGCACGUUACGUGCAUAGCCUUACUAUACACGAAAACGUUCGAGCGUAGGGUACGAUUCUAUUUGAUUCACCAAGAGCUUAGCUCUCCGGCGAUACACACACCAUCAAAAUCUCUGACUUCACAAGAACUCUGCGUGUGAAGCUUGAGACUGCGUUUUCACAUGCGUGUCAUUUUGGCGUCACCUAUGGUGAUAUUGGAGCCCAAAGACGCAUUGAGAUCUCACGGAUGCUUAAGACCAGCGUUUAACUGAACUUGCGGAGAAGCGCAGUUCUUAGCUGAACUUUUGAACAUUCAUGUGUUGCCGGUGACGUGCAUGUCCUGUUCGUCGUGAACUCGUGCUUUGUUAGGGUCGGUACAGCUGCGUAGGUGUGAUUUCACACUCCCCGGACUGCCUUUGCUUUUUGGUGCUCGAAAAAAAUUGUGCCUAUACAAUACGGGCAGGAGACAGAACAACGACUUUCGGGCCUAAGAACGCGAGGCUUGCAAUUGCAAUAACAUUUUUUCCUACCCACGUCUCAGCCUUCGUACCAAAGGCUCUACCACUAAGGUAUCGAGGCGCGAAUGUUCCCGGUUCAACGCAAAGGCGCAUAGAAUUGCAGCUGUCUUAAACCGUCCCGCUUGUAAAAAGCUUAAAAGAAAGCUUAUAGGAAAGCAGAUUUGGUUCCAGCCGCCCGUGUGACCAUGUGGUUGAUACUUGUUGAUCGUAGAGGGUCGCACCCGCCUGCGGGCCGCCCGAGCGCUUCCGCAGAAGGGGAUGUGAUUACGGAACGCCGGUAUGGUAUCAUUGUAGAACAACGUAGGUUCAACGAAUGCAAGCGUUCGAACCAGAGCUCGUCAGUUGCACCAGUUCCGAGACUCACAGCAGCCUCCUUGUUUCGAAAUCGAGAUACAGUGAUUGGCUAACAGCAUGGGGCUGUGCGACUUUCACGCCAUCUCUGGGCACACCGCUGUAUCCCAACCCCGCAGAAAUAACAGGCGUAUCUUUUCGAGCAAACUGAUGAAGGCAUAAUGCCUCGACACAAACUGCAUUAAGUAGUACCCUUUGCAUAGCCAGAUUAACCAUUUGAAACAAUCUUUGGUGAUUGGUGACGACGAGCUUUACCGUGUCGCUCAUAGGUGGCGUCUCAAUUAACACCGUAUUAAAGAGCUUGGUGGCGCUAGCCGCCGCCUCGAUUAAGAGGAGAUACUUCUAUCAUCCAUCCAUCCAUCCAUAGUAAGUACACCCGGGCUCAUCGGGAAAUUGAAGCGGCCUGAGCUUCGAAAACUGUUGCGAUUGAGUGACUCUGGUUCAAAACAGUGCUGCACCGUACUCGCAGACGACACACUGUCCUGAUCUGUAGUCUCCGCGUGUAUCGAAUGGGUUGUAACGGCGGACGAAACGCGUGCUACGCGAACGACUAGCGACGAAUCUACUCUGUACGCUUAUAUGUGAAAAAAUGAAGUGUUAUUAUACAUACGAACACGUAACACACGCAUCAAAGAAACACGAAUGAAACACACCUGGACAAAAAAACGUGCAAAUAAAUUUC